AUGACCAUCGGCCUCAGGAAUGCCGAAGCCACCUACCAGCGAUACAUGAACAGCUGCCUCGAGAGCCAAAUCGGGCGCAAUGUCCAUGUGUACAUCGACGACGUGGUGGUGAAAUUGACUCGGCGAGACAACCUAGUCGCCGACCUCACCAAGAACUUCGCCAACCUUCGGCGCUACCAGAUCAAGCUCAACCCCCUGAAGCGCAAGAACGAGGAGACCGACGCACUCGCCAGGCUCGGCUCCAAGCGACAACCACUCCCGCCGGGUGUCUUCCUCGACAUCCUCACCCACUCGUCGGUGCGAGUACCGCGCGAGGUCGACAUCGCCGAGCUACCUGCACCCGACUCCGUGCUAGUCGCAGUCGUCUCGGACGUUGGGGACUGGACGGAGUCGUACAUCAACUACCUCGAGCGGCAAGUCCUGGCCAUGGAUGAAAUAGAGGCACGUAUGAUCGUGCGCCGAUGCAAGUCCUUCACCAUCAUCAACCAAGAGCUUUAUAAAAACAACAUCUCUAGAGUGUUUCAGCGGUGCGUCACCGCCGAAGAAGGGUGCAAAAUCCUGCGCGACAUACACGCAGGGGAUUCCGGCCAUCAUGCCUGCGCGCGCUCGAUAGUGGCCAAAGCCUUCAGGCAUGGCUUCUACUGGCAAAAAGCACAUGCGGACGCAGUCAAACUCGUCCGUGCGUGUGCCGGGUGCCAUAAGUACAUGAGUCAGUCGCACAUGCCAGGCUCAGCACUCAAGACCAUUCCCCUCACUUGGCCAUUCGCCGUUUGGGCCAUGGAUAUGGUGGGAAAGUUCAAAACAGCCCCUGGCGGGUACACCCACCUCCUCAUCGCAGUCGACAAGUUCACAAAAUGGGCAGAAGCAAAAGCCAUCAAGAAGUGCGAUGGAAAAACUUCCACGAAGUUCAUGCGGGAAUUGAUCUACCACUACGGAUACCCGCACAACAUCAUCACCGACAACGGCACGAACUUCGCCAAAGGAGAGAUGGUGGACUUCUGCGAAGAAAAGGGGAUCCGACUCGACCUUGCCUCAGUCGCGCACCCCGAGUCCAAUGGCCAAGCAGAGAGAGCAAACCAGAGCAUCCUCCAUGGAAUCAAGCCGCGACCGGAGGUGCCCAUGGAACGCGCGACCGGAUGUUGGGCGGAAGAACUACCUUUCGUACUCUGGGGCAUACGCACAACCCCAAACAGGUCGACGGGAUACACGCCUUUAUUCCUGGUAUACGGCGCGGAAGCAGUCAUGCCCACCGACAUUGAUCACGACUCGCCUCGCGUCAUGAACUACGCCGAAGAAGAAAACAAGCUCACCCGCCAAGACGGAGUCGACCUCCUCGACGAGGAGCGGGACCUCGCACUCUCCAGAAUGGCAAUAUAUCAGCAAGGCCUCCGUGGAUAUCACAGUCGCCUCAUCCGCAGUCGAUCCUUCCAGGAAGGCGACCUAGUCCUUCGGCUAAUCGAGGACAAGAAAGGCAUGCACAAGCUGUCCCCACCAUGGGAAGGGCCGUUUGCCAUCAGCCGCGUACUCGGCAACGACGCCUACUACCUCACGGAUGUGCGCAAAGAAGACAACGGCGAGCCUCUCACCAGAGAGGUUGAGCGCCCCUGGAACAUCAAUCUCCUUCGCCGGUUUUAUACCUAG